UCGAGAGCCGGUUUCAGUUGAACAGCGCAGUUUUCCCGGUGCAGAUACACACCGAUACGAUUCACCACACGCUCUAAGCCCACCACUAUCUGUGGACGGUUUUUGUGCCGGUUUCCGUUGCGUAGUUUGUACGUGUGUUUAUACAGUAGAACAGUCAGUCGUCAGGCUUUGCUUGGUUUACGCUUUCGUGUGGUACAGGGUUGUUCGCGUGUGCGUUUUUUUUCCUGUGGUGUGUUUAUCUGGCAUAUCUGCGAGCAUCCGUGUAGUAGUGGAUGAGUGAGCAAUUGUUUGUAUGUUGCCGUGUUGGCGAAGAGUCUGCGAGAUGAAACUCUCCGCAUAUUCGAACGUGUGAAGUGUUCGUAAGAAGGGAAAUAUUUAGGCGUGCAACAAGUUGUCUCCGAUUGAUGGAACACAAGCUUAUCAAUAUAUCAAGCCGGAACGGUUUCAUACGUAGUGUACCGUACAGUAUACGAUAACAGACAGCUUGGGUGAUGGUCAAGUGUGAUCUAUAAGUGUAUUAUCUAAUUGGAAUAAUAGAUCACAGUAUAUCACUAAUGUUUGAAGGUGUAUUAUGAAACGUGAAGACUUCAAUAGAGUGUACCUAUAAGGACAUUAUUCUUUGCACAAAAGACUUAAUUUAGUGUAAAAGUUUUUGUGUAAAAAAAAGAACGCUAAGCUACUAUCAGCUGAUAGAGUGAACGACAGAAGUGAGAACGUGAUCCGCGAAGAAAUCACAGAAGAACAUAUAAAAGGUGUAAACCCGUAGGUAGUGGCAUUGGAAAACCUUAACGACACUGUGUAAGGUAUUUCGCAAGCACGUUGAAGCUACAAAGCAGCACCAAAGACGACAAAGUUUGUUCUAAUUUAGAACAUCAACAGCAAAUAAAGCCAAACCAUCGUUCCAGCAACUGUGGCCACAAUGAAAACGGAGGAGAAAACAAACGUGCCACGAGUACGGAUAGCUGUGCUCGGGAACGUGAAUGUUGGAAAAUCUGCCCUCACCGUACGUUACCUGACGCGACGAUUUAUAGGCGAGUACAGCUCCAACACGGAUCUCCUAUACAAGCAAACGGUAACACUCGACAGCGGUGUGCUCGAUGUAGAAAUCGUAGACAUUUCGGCAGAGAAUGACAACGGAUUCCCGGUGGAACAGAUCCAGUGGGCUGACGCCUGUCUCAUCGUGUAUAGCAUCACCGACCGAGGCAGCUACGAGUACGCCCAGCGGUCAUUGGCCGAGCUGCGACAGCUUCAAAAUGCACCGUCAGCCUACCUGGUCGGCAACAAGGCCGAUCUGGAUCAUUUGCGUGAGGUUCAGGAAACGGAAGGAGCAUCGUUGGCCGCAUCGCAUGCGAUCGGCUUCUGUGAAGUUUCGGUCGCCGACAAUACACCCGCACUGUACAAAGCCUUCGAACGUUUGCUGGUAGAAUCACGGGCCCGCCCAGUAAAGCCACGCAAAUUUUCCGUCAGCAAAAUGUUUGGUACGCUGAUCGGUAACAAUGGCACACGGCAACCCCCGGUCAGCCAGGGCACGGUUGUACCAUGUCACAAAGGUGAGCUGCACAAGUCGCGUGUGAUGAAGCGGCGCCAGGCCUUCACAGCGACUGCCUCCCUAUGACCGACGUCGACCACGGCCGAGGACAGCAAUUAAACAAAGCAAAACGUUUCGCAAAGGUGUACCAUGAGUAGAAUGUGUGCUCAAUCGGACGUGAAUCUGUUUUUUUUUUCUUCUGUUGUUGCCAGGAGAUGAUCUAGUGAAAGGGAAAUAAGACAAACGGCAUGACGCUAUGACGGGGCGGAUGUUUGGGGGCUAAAACAAAAUUUGUGAUGAUAGAAAUAAUAUUGGAAGUGAUCGUAAGCUCCAUUCUUUCCCAUCCCGUCAUAAUGCUUCUUGUACCCUUGUACUCACGGAUAUUCGAUCGUAGAACAGAACCGGUGACAAGAUUGGUUGAGUUCAUUUGUGCGUCGAUUCAUCGACGAGGUCUUAAUUUAAUCCCAUUUAUUCCCAUUUACUGUACCAUCUCGAGGAACGCCUUUAUCGUUUUAGCUAAAGGUAGUGAAUCCUCGUCUAUCAUAACAGGAUGCAAGUGUUUGUGUUUGUGUGUGUGUGCAGAAAAAUCUUCGGGUUGAUCAUUUGUAAAUCCUUCCUUGUCUGGAAUCGAUAUCAUCAUGACAUGAUUCGCUUACAAUUUUGCGCUUUUCCAAGGAAAAAAACAGUGAAAUCAGUUUCCGCACGGAAAGGCGGGGGAAAACGCGCGACCUUUCGAAUGGAAAAUUUUCCUUCACGCGAGGGAGAAUUUUCCAUCCAAUCGAGCCUCAUUAGUGUUGCUAUUGGGGAUGCGCCAAACAGUAUGUUGCGGCAGUUUCGGUGGCAAUUUGUUUUUUUAUUUUUUAAAACAGUAAAAAAGCAAAAGAUAGGAUAUUGGAGAAAAGACAAAUAGAACUAAAAACUCGAUCCCCAAAAUCAGGCGAUAAAACGUUGUUCCACGUUGUGGUGAUAAUUAUGUUAUUUGUUUUCCACCACUGUGUCUGUUACCAAGCUCUCCUUGUUUUCCACGAAACGAAAGGAUGAGUGAAAACGCUUUAUAGGAAUUUGUUGUUUUCGCAUCAUUUGCUAGCGGAAAAAUUAUAGUUGGAAAAAGGGCAUACGAUAGCGAUAACCUCUCCACCCCUGGACGGGGAUCACCUUCCCUUUUUGGGAUGUAAUCAAGUGCAUGUGUUUGCAUGGCAUGGCAGAGCAUAUGGGUGGGUGAAUGUAAUUUUCCACCUCAGAGCCGCGGUAGAAGGUGUGAUACCUUUAAGAUGAGACGAUUAUGGAAAUUUUCCAUUCCUGUUUUUUUCCUUGUGACUGUGGCAGGGAUAUAGGAUGUUGGGGAGAGUUGUUUUUCCCCCGAGGGACAGAAAAAGAUGAAAAGACUCAAUAUUAAGAGUACAAUUAAUUCUUAAUACACAGCAAAAUUAACAGUUGGCUCAUGACCGUUAGGCAGGUCAUUAGAUUUCAGGAUAUAUCGCAUUUUCUUCGAUAAAAAUAUCGUUACGAAAGGCAGCUCAUCCUAAAGCGAGUGUCAAUUAGUGAAGUGAAUAUAUUUUAAGCAAUGUUUAUUGUUCAAAAAUCAUUUCAUAACACUGCCUAAUUUCCAAAUUUAAAAACUGAGUCAAAUACCAAACAAACAAUCCAUAGGAAAGCGCGUUUCCAAUCGCUUCUGGGACUAAUGAUGCGCUGAUUGGUUCGAUGGAAAAACGGUUGUUUUUUUAAGUCGGAAAAUUUAUUCCUGGUAGUUUAAACCACCACCUUGUUUCACCUGAUAAAGCCUUUGUUUUUGCUGCAAGCUGCGAUGGAAUUAGCAACAAUGUUUAAACGAAUCGUCACCCAGCGUAAGGUUUUAUUUUCCAGCUAAUGAUUGUGACCCCCGGAGGGAGAGAAAUUUACGAAACUUGGUUGAUAUUUUGUUUGUAAAUAAUGUUACAAAAACACCCCAAAUUGCUUGUAUUUUGGUUGGAAGGAAAAGAUUUACUAUUUUCUCUCGAUUAUUAUUCAACUGAACGCACUAUAGUUACUAUCGCGCGACGACUGACGUUCCCGAAUUAGGAACGCGAGUGUAUUUUUACACCCGAGGCUGUAUUUAGGCCGUUCAAGACACCUCCUCUUCAAGGUGUAUAGAAGGCUCAAAUCAAAUGUGAAAGCGAAGGCGUGUGUGAUCUGUACCAAUCUAUUUCCAAUAUUGGAACCGCCUGCAAGCCUGGAGUUACGAAGAUGUCUUUAUUAUCUGCCCUUCGAAUAACUGUUUGAGCAACUGGGCAAAUAAAUAUAGCAUCUUAUUUGCACGCAACGAACGUCAUUUAAUAGCGACCAAACUAAGGAUCGGAAUAGCAAAAAAAAAGUUGCCACUAAAGUGUAUCGGUUUCUUGCAGAUAUCUUCUCGAAAAAUGGGAAUGCAUUGCUUUCGUCAGCUCUUUGUAAGCUUACGGUUUGACGCAAGUGCGCAAUCCGUCAAGACCGGAAUGAGGGUUAAUCAGGGUGUAGUACCCUAACCCAAAACCCUUAGCAUUUCCUUCCACCGUCCCAGACCUGUCAGUGCCAGAGAUCUAUUCAAUUUCCAACAGUCCCGUCUGUUUGCCCCCUGAGGGAGGUACUGCGAAUUCGUCUGGUGCAGAGUACUCUUUACCUCGCAGCGAAGGUGUACGCGUCUGUGUGUGGUCGCGCGUAUUAGACCGUCGAUGAGUUCGGCUGUGGUUUGACUCAUCGUAAAAAUAGAUCCCACCCUACCUACCCGUGCAGGUGCGGUGUAUGGUGAUUUUUUUUCUCUCUCCCCUUCUUAUUUUUACAUCUUUUUGGCCGGUCUAAUGGCAGGGCCCGGGUGUUUUUUGCUUCACCGGAACCGAUCGGUGGAAACAUACAGUGUGACAAACGUCAUAGCCGGUAUGGGGGCGCCACGUUGGUCGGGUGCACGGGUAUUGGCAUUUCCGGGCCACGAUGAAGAUGGUACUAAAAGCCGAAACAGAAGAGAAAAAAGAUGCAAUAGGAGAAACAGUGGGAGAACGUUUAAUUCCAGCAUAUGCUAACCGUACGUCAUGCGGCUGUAUAGUGGCAUUGUUUUGAACAGGCCUCCUGCCUUCUGUCGGAUGGGUGACGAGUUUUAACUAUUUUUGAAUUCCUUUCUCUCGCGCAGAAAAUUAUGCUUGAUGGGGAUGGCGUUCAUUUUUUUUUGCCAACGCAUCCUCAGACGUCAUCAGGGAAGUACGAAGGAAAACAAACAAAAAGAUAAAUUGAAAGACUUUCUGCCGCUGCUGAACGGUGAUCGCUUGCUCGAUCUUUCUUUCGAUGCGUUUGUGUUGUUGUUUUGCUACCGAAGAUGAAUGAGUUGUUUUUAGUGAGUGUUUUUUUUUGGAAAAAAAUCAUUCAUAAAUUCAUGCCCAAUGUACCGUUGUGGUUUGUGCAAAGAUUAUCAAUUUGUUGAUAAAACGAAGUAGAAAAAAAUGGCGCCCAAUAAAUGAUGAUGUGUUUAUAAAGAUUUGCAAAAACCGAUCAACUAACAGAUGUUGUUUUGGAAACAUUUUCCUGGUCUUUUUAUUUAUUCUUUUGUUUUGAAAUUAGAAGCUGGACAUUGAUUUCCAGAUUGGUGGAAUGUUUUGAGAGUAUUUUAUGUAUGUUUUUUUUUGCAGUUGGACAACAUACGGAAGGGAAGGAUAAAGAAUAUUUUCAAGUAAGGCUGUGAGUAAAGUUAAGUUUUUUUGCUCGUUUUGAAUUUCUUCCCUUACUUCCUGUUCAGUUUCAUGUCUAAACUGUAAAUCCUUUUGAACAAUAUUAUAUAAAAAAUAGGCAAAUGCCUUUUUAUGGUUUGUUAGAAUUCUUGCCCACACUAACUACAACUUGCAUCCUGGUUUUGUUUUUUAACAAAAAUUAUUCUUUUCUCCUAAUUUUUCAAAUCCCAUUCACCCGUACAACAUAUAUCUCACGUUAAUGGAUGUCAAUGUUAUGGAAAAAAUAAAAUGCGAUAAAAAUUCCCACUACAGGAAAUGAAACGUAAGGUUAACACAUAGUCUGCUUCACGCGUGAUGCAUAAACACAUUUAUCUUCUGCUAAGGAAAUAGGAAGAACAUAAUAAAUUCGAUAACUCGUAAUAAGAAGAUAAUUGUGAAGCUAGUAAACGAUACAAAUAAAACACUAUUUCGCCACUGUGCCACCAGUGUGAGCCUGAUAUCAAAUUAUAUUUACCACAAUUCAGAUAGCAAAAAAUGAUUAAUCGAUCAAGCUGGAGCUUAUUGUUGAUAUAAGCGAGGAUGAAAAAUUAAAUAACAAAUAUACCAGCGUACUUAUAAAGAUAUACAAAUGACGCAAAUAGUUAGCAAAAGCGAAAGAGUUCUAAAACAAGCAGAGUAAAGGCGUGAAUCAAUUGUUCACCAAUGAUUGCUCAACUAUUGUUGAAUAAUAUAAGCACGCUCCUUUGAUAACAAAUCGAUUAAGCUAAUGAUCAGACCAAGUCGCUUGAUUCAUUUGGUGCCACUUCCAUUUCCUUCUUAACUUCCCAUCAAAAGAAAACUCCCAACGAACUGAGACGCGCUCUCCUAGAGUAAUUUCACUAAUUGAUAACAUCCUCCCCGGCAUUCUUCCGUGCUGAAACCGAUGGGGAAAUGGUCUAGUUAAGGUAAGCGUGAUUGAUAGCAUUAAUAUAUCCGGUUAAGGUUGGAACCGUUGGGAACGUUCCGAUGGGCAAAUGUGUCAAAUAAUCAAGUGAGAAUUCGAAUAAUAAGCGCGAACGCAUUUUGCAUGAUCGAUUUAAUGUUGCUUUUUUUCCUUUAUCUUUAAACGAUUCGAUAGCUUUGCUGAUGGAUAAUUGCGAUCAUAAUAUAAGCACCCGUUCUUGUAUUAUUAACUGAUAAGUGUUGGUAGAAUGUAAGCGAUAAGUGACGGUGUUAUCAAUUAUGCAUGCGUGGCCAACAGGGACAAUGGUCCGUUUUAAGAUCGAUCAUUGUUUUUCGUUUCAAUAUCGGUAAAAUAAAGUUUAGAAUUUGUACUAAAGAAUGAAAAAUGAA